UUCCCAUCUCCAAACGCCCUACUUUCUCCCGCCAAUUUUUCUGCUUCGCCCUAUCGUUAAUGCGCCUAUAGAAAGCCGAGCUGACUUUCUCUGCCUAGUCUAUAUCGAUGCCCCACACCUCAUAGCUCGGUUCUCUUUCAUGGUGUCAUCAAGAUCCGUCUGUUAUUGCAGCCAUCAGUUUGGCAUUUUAACGCUACGCCCGUCUUAUGCCCAUCGGCUCUGGCGAGCAAUCCUUAUCAGCUUUCUCACCAAACCCAAUCCUUCGCCCAUGAUUCGAAGUUAUUUCUUUUUGACUGCCACCUGUAGUUUUGAAGUUUUUGAGACUAAUUUAGCUGGCAUUGCUCACCACUUUUUGGCUUCUAGCAGCGUCUCAGCAGCCGUUGCUCAUCCAUAUCGAGUCAGAUGUUUGGAAGGGGUUCGUUGUACAUUGUUUGACUGCUGAUCACCAAGAAGUGACUCGCCUUCAAGGAGAAGAAACCGAUACGCAGCAUUUGACCAAGCGAACAACUGGAACCUAUUGAUGGGAACAUUCUAAGGCGAAAGUCGUCAUCUCUGUUCCACGUCAAAGUCAUCACUUGGACAGCUUCAACAUUGAUUCUCGAUUCGUUACUGCGACGCCAGGGAACCGAACAUAUUUUGGUGCACAACUUUAGGCCUUGAUCAUGGCGCAACUUGAAAGCAUAUUCGCAGAGUUGGGUAUCAUGCAGUAUGUUGGUAUCUUCCUCGAACAUGGAUUCGACACAUGGGAAACCAUAAUGGACAUUGCAGAAUCCGACUUGUACACUCUUGGAGUCAAGCUAGGUCACCGCCGUAAACUGCAAAGGCGUAUCGCCAGCUCUCGAGGCCUCGCCCCUGGUGCGUCGUUAGUGGCGUCAUCGAGAGUGACUGCCGAGGGGCCAAGGAUUGAGGCUCAACGACCAGUCUCAGCGCGUUCUGAGGUCAAGAUUGGACCUGCUGUUACCAAACGCAAGUAUCGUCGACACCCAAAGUCUGACGAUAACGCACCUGAGCGGCCGCCUUCGGCUUACGUCCUGUUCUCAUCCAAGGUUCGUGAUGAAACGAAGAAUCGAAACUUGACUUUUACCGAGAUUGCCAAGCUUGUGGGUGAAAACUGGCAAAACUUGUCACCUGUCGAGAAGGAGCCAUAUGAAACUAAAGGCAGUCGGGCGAGGGAGAAGUACAACCAUGAUUUGACGGAAUACAAGAAAACUGCGAAGUACAGGCAAUACAAUGAGUACCUGCGAAAAUUCAAAGCAAAGCAAGCCAGCGCAGACCAAGCGAAAGAGUCUUCCAAGCGUCAGAAGCUUGAAUCAGGCAACUGUUUGCAAAACAAGAGUGCAGGCGCGACAUCACAUAGUCUCAGAAGCACAGGCAGCAGUACCAAAAGUCAGCCAGGAUGUGAGUCGUCUCUCAACUGGAAACAGCAAACAUGUUCCGUGGUGUCUGUGUCGAAAUUGCAGUACACAACGGCCGUGGCGACAGCGAUUCUGCAUCAUAACCCUACGAACGCCUCUACGCAUUUGCCCACUAGGGCUCAGUUCGAUCAGGAGACAUUGCACUUGAUGAGCCCUUUGGACUCUCACAACCUGGAACAUCGGCCUGCUUGGACGGGGAGCCAAGCCACCCCAGAAGUUUUCCGAAUGCACUUUCCUCCAGUAUCGGGUAUUUCCAGUAAUAGUAAUGGAUGGGGGUCCAUGGGCAUUCCUAGGUCUCCAGAGACGAAGAGGGUCGGUGUUAUUACACCACCUCAGCAUCCCGAUGCUUCGACCUCAUCGCCGUUGAAGCAUGAGUACCCAUACACCGGAAGCGCUGCGUCUUCCGACUCCGGCACGUCAAAUCCUCGAACACCAAGUACUUCGUCUCUCCCUAUCCAAGCUUGGGUGUUCAACGAGAUGCCGUCGGCUUCUGCGUUCAAGCUGCAGACAUCGUCCUUUCCGAAGUCCCCAACGCUCCAGGGUCAGUUCGCGGCUACACUAGAGGAUUCUCGCGAAAUCAUGAAUGGUCGCUGCUCGCCAUCACCUGCCUUGUUCCGCUUUGAGUCAAGCUCCUCCACUAGAUCGGUUGGUUCGCUUGCAUCAUCACACUCGUCCUUGCACGUCUCUUCUCAGACGUCGGUCGGGACUCAAGACAGAAGCGAUCCGAAGCUUAACGGACUGAGUGCCCUGGUGCGAGCCAGCGAGAUAGUGAAACAAACGACUUAAGUAGUUGAUUCAGCUGGUAGACCAUUUUGAGCCGCGAUGAACUGCCAAGUUCACCAAGGCACAAAAAACCUACCACUGCAUUUGGCACGACCCUGUCUUCUUCAACACCACCAUUUGUUCCUGCUGCGACACGUCAACAAUCCAAGGGAUUCCUAUUAACCAUUACUUGUUUCACUUCCAUGCUACACAGUUCGUCAAGCUUGAGCUCUCGGGGCGACACCCUCAAUUCACCGCCGACAGCUUGGAAAGUAUAAGCACUGGAAAGCUGCUUCAAAUGCCCAUGGCUUAGUCAACACCAAUGAAGUUGCCUGGAUUCGUGGCUCAAUAGAGAGCAAGUUGGGAUUUGCUGCAAGGCAUCUCAAUGAAGAACCUUCGCGUCUCGGAUCCUCCAGCAAGGAGCCGAUACGCGUCCGCUCUCCAAAGAGUGGAUGGAAGACUGUUUACGCAGCAAUUGUAAUCCGAAAGUCUUUGGAGCACGGUCGACGGUCACUGAGCGUCAAACACUUUACCGCCAACACGUAAAUGUAAUUGAAUGCUGCGUUAUCUUCGCGGAACAGGACUUAGUGCCGAAUUGGAAUGUAAGGCUUAUGGCUAUGAAGUCCAAAGCUAAGUUGCGCCGUUGUGCGCGGGGAAAUGUUGCAGAGAUUAAAGUCCCAUGUAUGAAUCAGGGCCUUGAGAUCGGUGCACGAUAAUUGUCCCAGUAACGCUUCCGUGCAGCCAUGGCAAUUUUGUUGCCGGUGAAGCGAUGUUGGAAGUAGUUGAAGACAGCGAACUCAUCGCGACUGAGAACGCACGACUCCGGUUGCUCCGCAAUCUUGGCCCAGAUCUGGCUGAUAGCGCCUUCCAAGAUGCCACUAACAGCCGGAGUUGAUGCGCCGUCGGGGCUCUCUCUGGCGACCUGAAGGGCUUGCGCAACCUUAGCGGCGGCCUUCAACGAACUUGCUAUUGUCGUCGACGUAUUACCGACAUGGAGGCUAUGACCCCUACUGCUGGCAAGGGUAAGUCAACAUACCCACUUUCGGACACCCCCCACAUGCGGACACCCAAAAAUGAAGCCAUCUCCAACAUCACCACUAUUUUCAC